UUAUAAUUCAGGGAGGAAGAUUCGGGUCGAUAUUUCAGUUUGUAAACUGGGACGGGCUACCGUCGUCCAUCAGGUUUAUGCCCAUAUGCUAUAUUAUAUGUACCUUGACAUCAAAGAAAUCUGAUACGCGUUCUCCAUAUCCCAUUCGGUACAGACAUGAAAUUUUACGGCAUAGUUGUCUUCUUGGCGUUUGCCGCCUUUGCUCAGGGAGUGCCCCAUAAUGGGAGAACGAAGCGUUCGAUUAGCGAUAAUCUGGAGACGUUGGUCGAGAGCAUUCAGGCGUUAGCGUCCGAAGUUAACGAAGACUUGGGAAUCCCCGCCUUCGACCCCUUUACGGAUGAUUCUGUUGCAAUUUCGAUUAACCAGACUUUGGCAAAACUUGAAGGUGAACUGACCGACUUGAAUAUCGACGGUCUGUCGGACUUCUCGAUCGACACAUUGAAGUUCACUCUAAUCGGACUCAAAUUCACCUUCGCUUUCACCUGGCCCAAUAUUACCUUCAGCACAGGAUAUUCGAUCGACGGCACCGUUGCCAGCAUUCUACCGAUCUACGGUGAUGGAAAAGCAUCUGGUGAGAUAACCAACCUGGCCGUUUCCGGAACGGUUGCGAUAUCCGUUAAGAAUUCGUACCUGUACCUUAAAUCUAUGAGCAGCGCGGUCAGUUUAGACGACCUCGAUAUCCAACUUUCUGGACUCCUGAACAACGACGACGCAUCGGCUCUUAUUGCGGCCGUGAUCAGCGACACAGUUCCACAGAUCCUCGUGGACUUCCAGGAUGUGAUCUCUGAUACUGUCAACACCGCUGUCACCGAGUAUGUCGACGACUACCUCGGUAGCAUGACGUUGGCUGAACUGCUGGCACUCAUCGGGAGCUAAAUUAAUUUCCCAUGAUCUGCGGGUACUUGGUCGAAAUUUCGAUGCAGGUCGUUGCAUCAGUCAAGCACCAAUCCACCUUUUGACUGCAGGAAAUGUGUAUGAAUAAAUAAAUUGAUGAAAAAAUA